UCUCAUUCCACUUCCUCAGUUUUGCGAUAUCGACAGACACACACCAAGUCUCUCUCCAACACCUUAAAGAAAAGGAAAACCCUCUAAAACAGAAAGCAACAUGUCGGCACCUGCAUUCUUGUUCACCGUUAGCGCCGCCACGGCCACUGCCACAGCCUUGUUCUUAAUCUGCAAUUCUCGUCUCAUGCGCGUGAGCCCCUACGAAAAGAACCUCACAAGACACCAUCGCCAACAACCCAAACGCAAUCCCGAACAACCCAAACGCGAUCCACGUGGCAAGAUGCUCUUCGUUUCCCAAAUCGGAACUUCAAAAGCCCUAGCGACCUGCCUCUGCGAUUUGUUAGAGUCGAAAGGCGUCGUUUUGGACCUCGUAGAUGCCCGGGAUUACGAGCCCGAAGCCCUACCCAAGGAGAACCUCGUCCUCCUCGUUGCUUCAACUUCGGAAGUUUGGAACCUAUCUCCCGCACGAAAUUUCUCCUCCAAUCACCACCUACUUUGGGGAGCAAAGUUCUUCGUCAAUUGGAUCCAGAAAAAAGCGAACGCCUUUAAGGUUGGAGCGUUUGUUGUGAAUGCUUGCAGUUUCAGUGCCUUUGUCGUGGGCAGAGAGGUUAAUGAAGGUGGCAAGAAUUUGAUGGCUAAGGCGGCCAAUGAGAUUAGGGGUUUGGGGCGCACUGCUGAAUCGAAUGCGGAUUUUGACAGCUGGUGGGGAAGUGUUGUUGCGGUUUUGCAAGGUGCUGUUUUGGGAGAUGCUGCUGAUGGAAUAUGCGGGGAAUCUGAACCUGAGGAUGUUGGUUCUUCUGAUCUAAAGCUAUCCAUGACACAGCGUUUAUAUAUAUUGGUGAAAAAUCAGGAUUUUGUAACAAAGCAAACCGAGCCUUGUGUGAGCUUCUCUAGUACCACCAGGCACAGGUUGUUAACUCUCCCUGAGGACAACUUUAUGAAGAAUGGCACUGUUGAACCUGAAGAAGUAUGUCAUAUACCUGCCCAAUGGCCUCUUAGAGAUGAUCUAUUGAUCGACAACGAUGUGUUACCAAAUUUUCAAGGAUUUUGUUCCGUUGGUCGCUGCUUUUUCUUUACUGGUGAUGUAUGGGAUGGUCUUAUAACACAUCCGAACGUGGGUUAUUACGAUUGUUACUACUCAAAGCUGUGGUGCCUUAAGUAUGAGGAUCCUACUUGGGUUUGGAGUCUAUGUGGAAGCAUGUUCUGCUCCCGAUCAAGUCCCUUAGUAGUCCCAUACGAUGGCAAAUUGUGCAUGUUUUGGGGUGACUAUCAAAUUGCAAAUUGGGUUGAGAUCUAUAGCCUAAAUGCUGCUGGAGAUGAAGGCAAUAAAGAGAAGACUGUAGUUUAGUAUACCGGUGUGGUCGAUAUUAGGAAUUAGAAUUUCACCAUCAAUGACCAACUAGCCAAAGAAAGAAGUGAUGGAUACCAAAGUCAUAUGAAAGCUCUAGCCACCUUGAAUCCAACUUUGUUGCCAAGACAUGCAUGCCAAUCUGCCUUAACAUAAAGUACUACAAGUAUAGAAAUAUUUUGUAAGCUAUGUAUUUACCUCUUUGGCCCUGAAACACAGGACUCAACAUCUCCCAAGUCUAAGUGCAAUUGAGAUGUAUAUACUCUCUUAUCAUGAUUUUGAGAUAUUAGAAUCUUCAACUUUCGAUAAGUACUAAUGUGACUUGUAUCUUAUCGACAA